AACUGGGUCCUGCCCUGUCCCUGUUGUAGACUCCCCAGCUGCUGGCCCCCAUCUGGGACCCCCAUCCUAGGUCCCUGGGGCCAGGGACUCGCCCUACUCACCCCAGGCCUGGGGAAGGAUGCAACCCCUGCACUUCUGCAAUCUUAACUGCUGGCUUCCGUCUCCUCCCUCGUCCCCUGUGGGACACCUCCUAAAGGCACCUUCCUCUCUCAGCCUGGCCACCAUGACACUUUCCAGCCUGCUGCUGGGAGCCUGCCGGACUCUGUUCAUCUUCCAGCUAUUGGCCUGUUGUCUGCUGCCCCUAGGUGCCCAGAGCCAGAGCCAGGAGUUCUCCCUGCAGAUGGAGCCCCAAGACCCAGUGCUUCCUGCCGGCAGGUCCCUCUUAGUUAACUGCAGCACCAGCUGUCCUCGUCCUGAGCUCAUUACCCUGGAAACAUCCCUACCGAAGGAGGUCAUAGAUGAAGACCAGGGCUGGGCAGCCUUCCGCCUCAGCAAUGUGACUGGUGACAGCAAGAUCAUCUGCUCCGCGUUCUGUAAUGGCUCCCAGAUGACAAGCAACUCUAGCAUCACUGUGUACCGGUUCCCAGAGCUUGUGGAGCUGGACCUCCUUCCCCCCUGGCAGCCAGUGGGUGAGAACCUCACCCUGCAAUGCCAUGUGUGGGGCGGAGCACCCCGCGCCCAGCUCACCCUGGUGCUGCUCCGUGGGGAGGAGGAACUGAGCCGGCAACCUGCGGUGGGGGAGCCAGCAGAGGGCACUGCCACAGUGCUGGCAGGCAGAGGUGACUAUGGUGCCAAGUUCACGUGCAGAGCCGAACUGGACCUGCGGCCCAGAGGGCUGGGACUGUUCCAGAACACCUCAGCCCCCAGGCAGCUCCGAACUUUUGUCCUUCCCAUGGCUCCCCCACGCCUUGUGGCUCCCCUGUCAUUGGAGGUGGGCACCUCGUGGCCAGUGGACUGCACUCUGGAUGGGCUGUUCCCAGUCUCUGAGGCCCAAGUACAACUGGCGCUGGGGGACCAGAUGCUGAAUCCUGCAGUCACGAUCCACGGAGACACACUCAGGGCCACAGCUACAGUCACAGCACGCGCAGACCAGGAGGGUGCCCAGGAAAUUGUCUGCAAUGUGACCCUGGGGGGCGAAAGUCGGGAGGCCCGGGCGAACUUAACUGUCUUCACCUUCCUAGGGCCCAUUCUGAACCUGAGCGAGACCAACGUCACCGAGGGGUCCAAAGUGAAUGUGAGUUGCAUGGCUGGGCCCCGAGUCCAGGUCAUGCUGGACGGGGAUCUGGCCCGGGCUCCAGGGGAACCCGCCCAGCUUCAGGUAACUGCCACGGAGGGCGACGAUGGGCGCUACUUCUUUUGCAAUGCCAUCCUGGAAGUGGACGGAGAGGUCUUACACAGGAACGUGACUGUCCAGCUGCGUGUCCUUUAUGGUCCCAAGAUUGACCCGGCCAAAUGUCCUCAGCGACUGGCGUGGAAAGAUAGGACUAGUCAUAUUUUGCAGUGCGAGGCCCGAGGCAACCCAGUCCCCCAGCUACAGUGUCUGCAUGAAGGCUCCAGACGUGAGGUGCCCAUUGGGACCCCAUUCCUUGUCAAGUUACACCACAAUGGCACUUAUCACUGUCAGGCAGUCAGUCCAAGGGGCACGUACACCUUGCUUGUGGUGAUGCACGUUCAGGAUCGGAACUCCUUCGUGGUCAGCAUCCUCAUGGGGGUGUUAGUGAUUCUAGGCGUGGUGACUGCCAUAGUGGCCUUAAUAUGCAUCUUCGGGAAGCAGACACGGAGCGGCAUCUACCGCGUGAACCAGCAACACACCUCCUUGCCCCUCAGGCCUGUGCAGCCGAAAGAGGCAGUGGAAUUAGAGCAGUCCUGAGGUGCGGAAUGCCAGGAUACUGUGCCAAAGACGGCAGUGGCUUUGGCUGUAUUCUCAACUUCCUUAUCAAUAAAGGCUAUAAAUUCCGUAA